UUUUAGUUGUGGCUAUUCAAGUGAAACCACACUCAAAAAAAUACUUUAGAGCAAAUUUUAAAAACUUGAUAUAGGGCAUUAAACAAUGAAAAAAAUUAUAUAUGUUUCACUUUUUACUUUGAUAUUGGUGUUUAUUUUUACCAUGAAUAGUUAUUUAAAAACGACUAAAUUUAAUAUAUACUCACAAGGUAGCAUUCAACAAGAAACUGAAAAUCUGUUUUAUAGCUUGGAAGUUUCAAAUCUUACCAAAAAGUAUUCUCAUUUAACAGAAACAUGCUGGAAAAAUACUUUCGCUCUUAAUAAAAACAACAAAACAGUUUCUUCAGCACAAAGUGUACUUUGUUUAUUUAAACCUUUAAAGAUAAAGAGCAAAAAAGAAUACAAAAAACCAAUUGUUGUUUUGGGCAUCGGUGUUCAUUUAGGACCAGCAGCUGACAAUAAGGAGGUUUUACCAAAAGCAGGUUUCAAGUAUAUUAGUUGGGAAUACAGAGACAAAAAUUAUAAUGGGCUACAGAAUAAACUAAUUCAUGGUUAUUCUAAGAAACAUUUGAAGAUAACGCAAGAAAUGUUCUGGAAUGCUUACAAAAAUGAUCCUGAAUUAAAUGAAGCAGAUAUUAUAGUGUGCGGAUUUGAUGCAUGGCAUUGUUUAAUAUUUGCUCCAUUUAACAAAAAAAUUGUUAUAAAUAGUAAUUAUAGGUUUGAUGGACACAUAGCAACGUCAUACGAAGAUAUGAUUGAGUUACAAAAAGAAUUUUAUAAUGCUGUAAGAUAUAAUCCUGAUGUUAUUAUGGGUGGUGGUAUUCUUUAUGAUGUGAUGUAUCAACAGCAUUAUCUCGGUUCACACAAAAUAAUACCAUUACCUGCUUCAUGUGAGUAUGUUCAUGAUCGAAUGAAACAAGAACUCCAAGAAAAAAAAAGUUGCAUUAAUGAAUGUAAAAGAUCUAGCAACAAAACAUUAGUUGUAAUUCUCCCAAAACGUUUGUCAAAUGGUGGGAGAAAGAUUGCUAGUGAAAUCAUUCAAGAAGCAAGAAAAAAAGAAAGAACUUUCGAAAUAAAACAUUUUGACGAGUGUUUUCCUAGAGGAUAUAAUUACUGUCAACUGGAUCAAUUCGAUGUCGCAAUAAUGUUAGGAUAUUCAGUGAUGUCAUAUUUCAAUUGUGAAGUAGCUAAUAUAGGUAUUCCAUUGUUUGUACCAACACCAGAGUUAUAUGCUUAUUACGAAAAGGUUUAUCAUCUUGUGGAAGAACGAAAACAAAGGUUAGACCAUACCGCAUAUGAUGCCAUGAAGCAGAAUAGCAGAUCUUUAAACUAUGGGUACAAUCCUAAUGAUGAUUUUAAUGAGAGAGCUCUACAACGUUGGCUCAGUUAUUCCGACUAUUACUAUUACGGUGGUGUUGAAAUUUUUGAUAAUUAUGACAAUCUGUUCAACAAACUCUCUUCUACAAACCUUUUAAACUUAAAACUUAAAGCAUAUGAACAUCGCCUCGAUAACGCAAAAAUUAAUGUUGAAAAUUGGCAAGCAAUUGGCAGGUACUUUUUUGAUGAAGCUGAUUUUUCUCAUGAAAAAACGGUUAUGCCAAAUACAUUGAAUGAAGGUUUAGAAAUGUGGCAAAAAGCUGUUACUAGACCUAAUUUUACGUCAACUAAUGGAAAAUAUUUUGAUGGCAUUCCGAUUGUUGCAGUUAUGCUUAAUGAUUUGAAAGGAAUUAUACCAGAGUGUUCCAAGUUUAAACAUGUUAAAAUUUUAUUAUUAACAAAUAGAACUGAGACAAUUAAUGAAUGUCAAUUGUUAAACUAUGAAACACUUUUUAUUAAGUUAGAAUUAUACUUUAUAUUUAGUAAAAAUUUAACUGAUUUGAUAAAAUGGCACGAAGUUGCAAUGAUAAUGUAUGCAGUUUCUUUUCGUGCAAGUAAAAUUAUUAUGUUUUCAAAGAUAGAAAGCGUUUCUAAAAGUUGUUACAUUUCAAAUGAGUUUGAAUUCCUUGGAGACAAAAAAUCGUGGACAAUGUCAUUUUAUGAUUCAACACAAUAUUGGUAUGUUUUUGGACCAGAAAAUGAUCAAGUAUUUAAGUAUUGGCUCAAAACUCUGUCGUCAUUUACAAGUGAGCUUGAUACUAAUUUGAUAACAAAAUGCCAAAAUUAUUUUCAAAAGAAAAAAAGUAACUUUUCCGUAGAUGAAAUUGAGUACCUGAGUUCAUAUUUGCAAUAUUGGCAAAGUGAUGAAGCUGAAAGUUUUUUUCAUGUUGUUGAUCAGUUAAACUUUGAACUUGCGGUUCGUGGCUAUCUUUCAAAACAACAUGCUAAACUUCAUCGAUGGCUGUUGCACAACCUUGUGCAAAUGGGUUAUUAUCAAUUGCCAUUAAUAAAUAACUCAAAUAAAUUUAAUAUUUAAUUAAUAAUUCAAUUGAAAUCUA